UGAGCCAAUCGUGUUUUAGAAUCCAGUGGCAACUGCCACUGGAUUUCUCUCGCUGCUAUUCUGGCUACACAAGCUCAUUAAGUUUUGAAACGGGUUUGAUGGAAACGAACCUUUCAGCGGUCGACAUAAAUUAAAAAAAAGGUUAGGAGUGAGCGCAGCGCGUGGUUCGCGCAAAAUUUGAAAAGAUAAAGAAAAUGGAUUUAUUGCCUAAAUCCCACGAAGAAUUCAGCCAACAAACUUACUGGAAUACAUUUUUCUCAAAGCGUGGAAAAAAGGCCUUUGAAUGGUACGGAGAGUAUCCAGAAUUAUGCGGACAUCUCCACAAAUACAUAAAACCAAAAGAUGACGUCUUAGUAGUUGGCUGUGGAAACUCGACUCUGAGCAUGGAUCUGUACGAUGUUGGUUAUAGGAAUAUCACAAACAUCGAUAUAUCGCAUGUUGUGAUCAGGCAAAUGAUAGAUCAGAAUAAGACACAGAGACCUAUUAUGCUAUUUGAACAAAUGGAUGCUACAGCGAUGAGCUAUUCUAACGAUAAGUUCAGUGUCGUAUUAGAUAAAGGGACUCUGGAUGCUUUGAUGCCCGACGAAAGCAAGGAUGUUAUUUCUCGAGUAGAUAAGCUGUUUGGGGAAAUAACAAGAGUCUUGCGAACUGGAGGGAGAUACGUCUGUGUAUCAUUAUUGCAAGAGCACAUUCUUAGAAAGUUACUCUCCUAUUUUCCUCAAGCUGAUUUUAUGUUCAGAGUAGCUCGCUGCUACGAAGCUGAAGCAAAAACCCGUGAAGAAGAUGGUAGUGCAAUGCCAGUGUUUGUAGUAAUUGCUACAAAAUUUAAGAAGCUACCAGUGCCGGUUCUUGAAGUGGGCCUGGUCGAAGGUUCUUUAGAACGUGUUUCUACUACCGAUGAUAUUAUUUCAGCCAUAAAAUCUGCUCAACAAAUGGCAGUUAUUUGCUCGGGACUUCAUAAAGGAAAUGUUGUGGAUGUUGGAGAGGUUUCUUUCGACUUAUGCAGACCUGGAGAACAGCAUUCGAGAUAUACAAUAUACAUUUUAGAUCAGCCCUAUGCAAGGGAAAAUGAAAUAUAUGCUGCCUUCAUAGUUCCACAAGGAAGAGAAACAAUGUGGCUUUUUUGCACUAAAGAGGGUCGGCAACAGCUCCUGAAAACUACUAAGAGAAACAGAUUAGUAAUAGUGACUUUGCGCCGAGAGCAUACAUACGAAAGUUUGGAUGCAGUGAAAAAGGAGCUUAGUGUUACUGUUCGCAACUUGGCUCCAGCAGGAGUCAGUAAUGAUGCUCAAAUUCCUUAUCUGUCUUUGGCGUCGAAUGUUGGAAAACGAGAAGUUUGCCAUGAAGGUGACAGUAAAUUCAGUGGACCAUAUGUUAUCGAAGAAAUUGAAGAUGACAAUGGCUCGGUAUUCAGAAGACUGAUAUUUCUGAAUAAUCAAUUUGUAAUCCAAAGUGAAGCUAAACUAAAAAUUGUCAAAUCAAGAAGAGGAAAACCGAAAAAAGUCGUGGAUCCCGGAUAUCUGGCUUGCGAACAUCAUAUCUACAUGAGCGUCGGAGUUUCAAUGAUCACAAAGAAUGCUAAUCAAAAUGAUAUUGCUAUCAUCGGUCUCGGUGGUGGAGGUCUCUGCACAUUUUUGCGACAGUGCCUACCUGAGAUCAACAUUACAGCAGUCGAGAUAGAUGAAGCCAUGCUCCAGAUAGCAACAAACUAUUUUGGCCUGGUACAAGACGCUAAAUUGAAAGUCGAGAUUGCAGAUGGUCUAAAAUUUAUUCUAGACUCGGCAAAUCAGGGGAAAAAAUUCAGUUCAAUUCUUUUUGAUGUAGACAGCAAAGAUACCACGGUGGGCAUGAGUUGCCCACCAAAGCAGUUCAUUGAAACAUCUAUCCUGCAGGCGGUUUCAAAAUGCAUAGGAGAAACGGGACUUUUCAUUUUAAAUUUAGUGUGUCGAGAUCCAGAACUUAAACGCAUGGCGUUAAGUUCACUUAAAUCCAUUUUCAAAUCAGUUUAUUCUUACAAUCUUGAAAGUGAUGUGAACGAAGUCGUGUUUUGCACAGUUUCGGAGUUAGGCGACAAAGCAGUAUGGAAGGAACAUAUUCAAACUGCCGCUGAUAGUCUGAAUCGCCAAGUACAGACCCGAAAAUUGCAAAAUGAAGAUAUUGUGGACGUGGCAGAUUUGUUGGAACGAUUAACGAUGCAAUGAACUGUGAUAAGCAUUUUCUGAUACCUGGUAACUCUGAUAAAUAAUUCAAUACGAGCGCAUCUUAUUCAGAUUGAUGGACUCGAGAGCUGUAAUACAGCAUCUCGAAAAAAAAUUCUCCGGGUUUCGAAUAGCGUCGAAGAUAUUACUUGAAUAGUACGAUGAGAGAAUAAUAUUCUUGUUGCAUUCCAUCUACUAAUCAGCUUGACGCGUAUUCGAGAAGCUGGAAAUUUACCGCGGAAUUCUAUACCAAUAAGUUUUAAACGUAGACUUUGAUCGCUAAAUGAUAAGAUUUCGUACUGUAAUAGCGGUUUGUCAAACAAGCUUAUGAUUAAGGAUCUUGAAUAUUAAAUUUAUUUUGACUUU